UUGUAAUUAAUUAUAUAGACUAUAUGACAUAUAGUGUAAAUCGUAUACGUAGUGCGUUUAAUACGGAAAUCAACACUGGAUUACUUGAAAUAUUAUUGUAUUACACAGGACGUAAGAAAAUAUCACUUUUAACAAGUAUUGAGAUGUAUCCUUCAAAUUUGAAAUGUAAUGCAGUAUAUCUAAAUUUUCAAUUUAAAUUCAAUCCCGUUGAUGAAGAAUGGAAAAGAAACAAAUGUGAAAGUAUGGGAUUGACGUUUAUAAAAAAUAAGGAAUUUGAGUCGGUUUUUUCUCAAAAAUAUAAAAUUCGACAAUUAUAUAAAGUAUUGUCUGAUUUAAUAUGUGGAGAUACAACAUUUAGUACAACACUACAGGAAAACAUUUGUUCUAGCAUAAAAACAAAUGAUGACAUAAAAAAACUUUUUCCUGAUGAAGAAUCGUUUAAUAAUUAUCUAAAUGAUUAUAUAAUAUUUAAAAAUCCAGAUGAAGCUGAUGAAUGUUCAAUCUGCUAUUAUGAACUUGAAUCCCCUGUUAUUUUGAACAAAUGUCACCACUAUCUAUGUAAAAACUGUGCUGAUAAAUUAGUAGAUAGAAAUGAAAAGAAAUGUCCACUUUGUAGAACAAAAUUUAGUUAUUACAUAGACGAAGUCGAAGGUAACGUGGUUAGUUCAUGUAGUUUGAUAGAAUAUUAUGCUGCAGCAUAUUACCUGGAUGUGUGUAUUUUUUUGUUCAUGAGAGAAGGUGAAUGGGCGUUUUUUGACAAGAACGGGCCCAAUUACACUGAUGAAGAUAUGGAGAACAAAAAGUGUAUUUAUCUCUUCAAACAUGAAAGUGAGAAAACUAUUGGAGUUGUCGUUGAAACAAGAGAGCUAUCUCUUUUUUGAGUUUUGUUAUUUUUUUAAAAAUAUUUAAAAAAGAUAAAUGUUUUAUUAUAUUGUCUUUAUUAUAACGUCGAUGUUUAAUAAUAAUUAUAAAAAUGUUUAGAUUUUUAAGUAGUAAUUAUUUUAUCUUUUAUGCGAAGCUGAGAAGGUAUUAAUUUUACCAUGUUAUAUUUAUUUAUUUAUGUAUUUUUUUUGUCUAUCACAAAUUUUCUCAGCUAAUCAAAAUAUCACAAAUCUAA